UGUUUAAUAAUUUAAAUGUGUGUCCGUAUAUCCUAUGAUAGGGCUACACACAAACAGGGAACCCGAUCAGCAGCCGUGCACGUGUCCCAUACGCCGUUUCACACUUUUUUUCUAGACGCUUCCUUCCCUUGCCGCUACCGCCUCGUGCGCCGCAGCCCGCAGCCUAGCCUACCCUCUCUCUCUCCCCCCUCCUCAAGCUGUGCGCGAUUCGCUUCCUCACUCCCAAACCCUAACCCCACCGCGACGCUCCCCCCCAUGGCUGACGUCAUCGACCCCGCCUCCACCGAGGCCCCCCGCGCGCGCCGCCCGCCGCCGCCUCCGCCCGACAGCCCGGAGGGCCGCUCGCCGCCGCUCCCGCCCCCGCCCCCCGGUGGCCCGCCGCAGCCGGCGGCCACCCGCAAGCGGAGCCGCUCGCCACCGCCGCCUCCCCCGCCGCCCUCCCUCCCGCCGCCCCCGCCGCUCGGCUCGUCGCGCCCCGAGCGCUACCGCGACAACCACCACCGGGGAGGAGGCGGUGGCCGGGGUGGGGGUAGUUCCAGCCCCCCGCCGUAUCGGAGUGGCCGCCGCCACUCCCCGUCGAGGAGAUCCCCUUCGCCGCCGUUCAAGAGGUCGCGGCGGGACGACGGGUACGACCGCCGUGGCGGCCGUGGGAGCCCGCCGCCGCGGUACGGGUACGGCGACAGGAGGUAUGGAUAUGACCACGAGCGUGGUGGAGGCAGAGGUGGGUAUGAUGAUGACCGAUACCAUGGCAGGUAUCAAAAUCGCGCAGCAGAUUGGGCCGAUUCAGGGUUUGGGGCAUCCAAUGAUGGUCCUGGAAUUACCCAAAGGGAAGGACUGAUGACUUACAAACAGUUCAUCCAAGUUCUUGAGGAUGAUAUUUCACCUGCUGAAGCUGAGAAACGGUAUCAAGAAUACAGGACAGAGUACAUCACUACUCAAAAACGUGCUUAUUUUGACCUUAACAAGAAUGAUGAUCGGUUGAAAGACAAGUACCAUCCGACCAACUUGUCAUCUGUUAUUGACAGGAGGAAUGAUAGUUGUAAGGCAACAGCAAAGGAUUUCUUUCAUGAUUUGCAAAAUGGAACUCUGGACCUUGGCCCUGGAAUAACUGCGGCUGCAGCAAGUGGCAGUGAUGGAAAUUCUGAUGAUGAUGGAGACAGUGACAAGAGAAGAAAGCAUGGCAGGGGUUCCUCAAAAGAAACAGACCCUCUUUCUGGUGCUCCCGUGGCUCAUCCAGUUAGCUCUGAAUCUCGACGGGUUCAAGUUGACAUUGAACAAGCUCUAGCCCUUGUGCGUAAGCUUGACACUGAGAAGGGUAUUGUGGGGAAUAUCCUAUCAAGUGGCGAUCAUGACAAAUCAGAUGUAGACAAGUCUCAUAUUGGAUCUAUGGGGCCUAUAAUUAUAAUCCGAGGCUUAACCACUGUCAAAGGCCUUGAAGGUGUUGAGCUCCUAGAUACUCUUCUUACCUAUUUAUGGCGUAUUCAUGGUGUUGAUUACUAUGGCAUGUCUGAGACAAAUGAAGCAAAAGGCAGUCGCCAUGUCAGAGCAGACAAUAAGACGUCUAAUACAACCAAUAUUAAUGCCGCUGACUGGGAAAAGAAGGUGGAUACUUUCUGGCAAGAAAGGCUGAGAGGUCAGGACCCCAUGGUAAUAUUAGCAGCCAAGGACAAAAUCGAUGCAGCAGCUGUGGAAGUUCUGGAACCUUAUGUCAGGAAGAUAAGGGAUGAAAAAUAUGGUUGGAAAUAUGGCUGUGGAGCUAAGGGUUGUACGAAACUUUUCCAUGCUCCUGAGUUCGUUCACAAGCAUUUGAGGCUGAAGCAUCCAGAGCUUGUGUUAGAGUUGACUUCCAAAGUCCGAGAGGAUCUCUAUUUCCAAAAUUACAUGAAUGAUCCUAAUGCACCUGGUGGAACUCCAGUUAUGCAACAGUCUGCACCAGACAAAUCAAGACAGAGACCUGGUAUGGAUAAUCGUCUGAGAUAUGACCGUGCCAAUCGUAGAGAAUAUGAUAGGGCAGAGAGAGAUGGAAGCAGAUAUGGUAGAGGUGAUCGUUCUCCAAGUCUUGAUGGCGCUGAUGAUCAGAUGUUUGAUGCUUUCCGUGGGCGAGGUCCAAAUGCUCCUUUUGUUCCUGAACUUCCCGCUCCGCCAAUUUUGAUGCCUAUUCCUGGUGCUGGUCCUUUGGGUCCAUUUGUUCCUGCACCUCCAGAAAUAGCCAUGCAUAUGCUGAGAGAGCAAGGGCCGCCACCUCCAUUUGAACCAAACGGACCUCCUCAUGCCAACCCAGGAGUGCUUGGACCAAUGAUGGGUGGUCCUGCGCCAAUUAUAACCAUGCCUCCAUCUUUUCGUCAAGAUCCUCGCCGUUUGCGAAGUUACAAUGACCUUGAUGCUCCGGACGAGGAAGUUACCGUUCUUGACUACAGAAGUUUGUAGAGCUUGCCCUGGUGUAAUUGUAAUUUGCCAAUCACAACUCUAGCAUCUCCGGUCUAGUCUAGGUUGGUGAUGUAUUCUUUUUCAGACAUAGGGGAUGUCAUGAACAAUAGAGCAUUUUUUGAGGUGUAAUGCGUCAGAAACUACUGUUGUAAUUUCAAAUGGCAACAUCUGUUAUUGAACUGUGCACCACGUGCACUUGUAGUCCCAAGAAGUGUUGAACGCAGUUUGAUAAAAUGUAAUUUUUGAGACUUUAUAUGACAACGUUUUAGCUGACAACAUUUUACUUCUCCAUUGGAAGUAAUUAAUUUAUUCCUUCAGUUGGAA